CAAAAAUAUACAGUUAUUUCAUUUGAACUUUCGCUAUAGGUGUAUCAAUUUGUUCGUAAGUUGUUUCGUUCAAAUAUUGGUAUCAAAACUUUUAUACCAAUAUGGCUAAGAAUGAAUACGAAGGUGAAUGGACAAUAUUUACACCUGAUAAUCCUAUUGAAGUCAAGACUCCAGCUUUUGCGCCAUUCUCUGAUCAAAAUCUAACAUUUCGUUUCAAAGCAUUGUAUCGAAAAGUAUACUUAGCAUAUUUAUUCAAACUGACACUUGUAAAACUCUCUAAUGUUGGAAUCUCGCCAACAUUAAAAGUGUUAGUUGUCGUGAAAUAUUCAGAUGGAUCUAUUUUUAUGGAAUAUCCAAGCAUGGUUUUAAAUGAUAAAAUAAACUACGUUAAUUUUAAAGAAGUAGUUCGAGAUAUGUAUGGCCCAUUGCAACAUUUACAAAAAAUGAGUAGUAACACUUUAAUUAUAAAAUGCAAAAUGACAAUUUUACAUCAAGGUCAAACAUCACAUAUCACAACAGGUAAUGAAAGGAAAUCAUGCAAAUGUGUUGAUGUUAUAAGAAAUCUGAAGUCAAUCUACGAACAAAGUGUGUUCAGUGAUUUUGUCUUCAAAGUAGGCGAUAAAUCCUUUCCUGUUCACAAAAACAUCCUUUCUGCUCAUUCUCCUGUUUUUAUGAAAAUGAUGACCCACGAUUUCAUGGAAUCCAAGACCAACAGCGUUAUCAUUACGGAUGCAACACCUGAAGUCUUUGAAUUGUUCCUCAGAUCUUUGUAUGGUGGAAAGCUUGAAAACAAGUCUUGGGAUUCUCUGAAAGAACUUUAUUACUUAGUGGAUAAAUAUGAUGUUGGAUUUUUGAAGGUUGAGUGUACUGAUGCAGUAAUUUCUAUUUUAUCUGUAGACUUAGUGUGUGAAAUACUCAAACUGGCCUACAGCUUCACUAAUUCUGACUUAGAAACUGCUGCGGUAAAUUUUGCGGUCAAUCACAUCAAAGAAAUUGUUCCUAGAGAAGAUUGGAAAGAACUCGUUAAAACUCAUCCGUCGAUUGGGUAUGAUGUCACUGUUAAUUUUCUUCCGAAAUAAAAAUUUAAUAACUCUCUUUUUAUACAACUAAAAUGUGAUUACGAGAGAGAGUAUGAUUUCUUUGUGAAUACAUUAUAAUAUUGUAAUUACUAUUAUUUACAUUGAUCAUUACAUUUUGAAAUUACAGUGAAAUUCUUUAUUUAACUUACAUUUGAGAUCACUUAAGUUAAAAAUCCGAAACUUUGCUGCGAAUUACAUAAAAUCUCUUAUUUAAAGAGAAAAUUAACCGCUUAGAAUCAAUGAUUUUAAUGUGUUAAUUCAAAUUCAUUUAUUGAAAUAAAAUGGAUUUAUUCAAAUAAGUUGCAUCAGUUUGAAUCACCUAAGUGAAGUGAUUUGUUUUAUAAUAAAUUAUACUGAUAACCUUC